AUGUUCUGUCACGGAAGGGAGGUGCUGAAGGUGAUGUGCACCAUGGACGACCGCAUCGUCCACGGACUGAACACCACCGUGCCCACAGUUUCCUUCUCAGGCAAAGUUAAUGCCACGCAAACAUGCAAACAACUGUAUGAAUCUGUGUUCAACCAAGACCGAAACAGGUAUUGCAAGUUUACAGACAAAAGACGAUUCAAAGCGCUUCACAAGUGCAUGGAGGUGUUUUCAGGGGCGAAGCCAGACAUUUUUGGUCCUAAGAAAGAAGAUGAUGCUGGCGUCAUGUUUAUGAGUGAGAAGGAGGUGCUGAAGGUGAUGUGCACCAUGGACGACCGCAUCGUCCACGGACUGAACACCACCGUGCCCACAGUUUCCUUCUCAGAGUUUUCUCCACAAUGCAUCUUUUGUCCUCCGUGCGCCACACCGAUGAUGGAGGCCCAUCUGAGCAGAGACCAAGCUAUCAAGGGCUGUAUAGCCAAAACAUCUGCGGUGGUGGAACAGCUGCGUGAGGAAAGAGCAAAAGACGGCGAGGACCUGGCAGUCCUCAAACAACUCAGGAAGGAGCAGACCAAAGUUUUCAACCAAGACCGAAACAGUCAUUGCAAGUUUACAGACAAAAGACGAUUCAAAGCGCUUCACAAGUGCAUGGAGGUGUUUUCAGGGGCGAAGCCAGACAUUUUUGGUCCUAAGAAAGAAGAUGAUGCUGGCGUCAUGUUUAUGAGUGAGAAGGAGGUGCUGAAGGUGAUGUGCACCAUGGACGACCGCAUCGUCCACGGACUGAACACCACCGUGCCCACAGUUUCCUUCUCAGGCAAAAUGAUGGAGGCCCAUCUGAGCAGAGACCAAGCUAUCAAGGGCUGUAUAGCCAAAACAUCUGCGGUGGUGGAACAGCUGCGUGAGGAAAGAGCAAAAGACGGCGAGGACCUGGCAGUCCUCAAACAACUCAGGAAGGAGCAGACCAAAUCCCCUGAUAAUCUGGAGUCUUUCAUGAGAAUGGAGCUGAUCAGCCUCUCACCUCCUCGGUGGAGAUCCAGGUCGUUCACUCUUCUCCGUGUUGUCUCCCUGCAGGACUCCAAACUGCCCCUGUCUCUGAGGAGCAACCUGCUGGACCUGUUCAGCCAGAUCGAGAGGGAGUUUGAAAACCUCUACAUAGAAAACCUGGAGUUACGCAGAGAAAUCGAGACUCUGAACGACCGCCUGGCUCCGGACGGACAAACCUUCGAGGGAGCAGAUUUAGCCAAAGGAGCUCUGAAAACAAAAGCGAGUCACAGCACGAGUCAGCUGUCCCAGAAACUGAAGACCACCUACAAGGCUUCCACCAGCAAAAUUGUUUCCAGUUUCAAAGCGACCACGUCCCGAGCCGUGUGCCAGCUGGUCCGGGAGUACGUGGGCCACAGAGAUGGAAUCUGGGACCUCAGCGUCACCAGGACUCAGCCGGUGGUGCUGGGUACAGCGUCUGCAGACCACACUGCGAUGCUGUGGAGCAUUGAGACUGGGAAGUGCCUCCUCAAAUAUCUGGGCCAUCAAGGAUCAGUCAACUCCAUCAAGUUCCACCCGACUGAGCAGAUGGCUCUAACAGCCUCCGGAGACCAGACCGCUCACAUCUGGAGGUACCAGGUCCAGCUUCCCACUCCACAGCCUGUUGCUGAUAUGAGCCAGCAGACGCCCUGUGAGGACGACGUGGACUUCUCGGAUAAAGACGAGCCCGACGGCGAAGUCGAGGGUCCGAAUGAUUGUCCUUCCGUCCGCGUGGCGACCACGACCCUGCGGAGCCACCAGGGCGUGGUGAUCGCUGCUGAUUGGCUGGUGGGGGGCAAACAGGUGGUGACGGCGUCCUGGGAUCGAGCCGCCAACCUGUACGAUGUGGAGACGUCGGAGCUGGUUCACUCGCUCACUGGUCAUGACCAGGAGCUGACCCACUGCUGCACACACCCCACCCAACGCCUGGUGGUCACGUCGUCCAGAGACACCACCUUCAGGCUGUGGGACUUCAGAGAUCCGUCCAUCCACUCUGUCAACGUGUUCCAGGGACACACCGACACGGUGACGUCAGCUGUCUUCACGGUCGGAGACAACGUCGUGUCCGGGAGCGACGACCGAACCGUCAAAGUGUGGGACCUGAAGAACAUGAGGUCGCCCAUAGCAACCAUCCGCACCGACUCGGCUGUCAACAGGAUCAGCGUGUCGGUGAACCAGAGAAUCAUCGCUCUCCCUCACGACAAUCGGCAGGUCCGACUGUUCGACAUGUCGGGGGUGCGGCUGGCUCGCCUCCCGCGGACCAACAGACAGGGUCACCGGCGCAUGGUGUGCUGCUCGGCCUGGUGUGAGGACAACGCCUCCUGCAACCUGUUCAGCUGCGGCUUCGACCGGCAGGCCAUCGGCUGGAACAUCAACAUUCCCGCCCUGCUGCAGGAGAAGUGACCUCCUGCUGUGAGCUCGCAGUGACACUCCACCCGAAGACAGAUGCUCCAUGACACCUGGGAGGGAACCAACAGUCUGGAAAUCACCACCACUGAUAUAAACCCGAACAAAACUGUUUGUUUUCUGUGUGUGGAGGCGAUUCCUCGACGUGAGAAAACAGAAACAAAACCCAAACUGGUGAAAAAAGCACAGAGUUCUAACAGGAGAGGAAGUGAGGCGCUGCACAUCCUCUGCUUGAAGCUAAUGAGACAACAAAUCUUCAAGUUUGGCAGAAACAAUCCACUAGUUUAAUUAGUUAUGGGUCCUUUAUACCUGGAGUUAAUAUUCAAUUAACUUGUUUGAUUUGAUUUGAUUCCAUAAUGUUCAGUGAGAGUUCUGAGAUCCACAGCGUCACAUCUAUAAUCCACAUUAUACUAAGAAAAGCUUUUCAACGUGUUGUUGUGUUUGGUCAGGUGACAGUUAGUUGUGUCUCCUGCUCAGUGUGAAGACGUCUGUCUGAGAGAGUAAUGCACCUUUUAGAAAAAAUACCAGACGCUGUUUUAGAAAAGAUAACUCCAGCUUCUGAACGUAGGAAGAGGGGAGAGUUAUUAUACUUUUCUCCUUUUAAGUGAAAUUUGUCUGGUUCUUUUUCUGUGGUGACUUGGAAAAGAUCGAACAAGAUGUUUGUUAGGUUAUUUAGACUGUAACUUCCUCCCGUUGUACAAAAAUAUAACCAAAAUAUCAGGGGGCCGCCAUCUUGUGCUCUCUGAUGUCAUGUGGAGGCGGAGUCUGUGCAGGAGGGAGCCUCGGUAUCGAGGUCUCGACCAAUCACCACGUCUCAGCACAUUUAUACCAUUAAAUAACCAGUUGAAACCAAACUGGGAUAAGAUAAACUUCUGGAAGAGUUUCGUCCAUAUUUUCUUUUUACAGUUGAUGAUGAGUCAUUAGUCCACAGAGAGAACUCGUGGUGAAAGUGAUCAUCGGUCCAAACUCCUGUCGAAGAAGUAGAACGGUCGAGUUGCUUUGGACACGUUGCACAGAAAAAUAACACAUUUUAUAAUUUGAUCAAAACUUAUUUCUAGAUUAACUUAAAAGGCUUGAUUCUAAAUAUGUCAUAUUUGGUGUCCAGUGUAAAACGGGUUUAUAAAACCCUCUGAGGCCCGGCCUGGCUGUUGUAUCAGUACUUAACACGAUUGUUAAAAAGAUAAUAGCAAUGUUUUUAUUUGUAAUUCAUGGCAAAGCCCUUUAGUCGUUAGUGUUGAAACACUGUUGUGGGGAUUGUGUCAGUGUCAUGUUUGUCGUGGUACUUUAAAAAACAAGUCGGAUCUCUGGAGGAGUGUCGUGAUGCGUUCGCUGUCCCUGCUUUGCUUCGUCACUGCCAUGAAAACACUGAACACGUGUUCAAGUGAAUGGGAGAGGCUGAGAUGAUGUGUGUGUGUGUGUGUGUGUGUGUGUGUGUGUG